GUGGGGCGGGGACCGCCGCUCUUUCUGGCACGUGGGACCCUGCGUGGCUGGGCAUGGAACUAGGGGACCGGGAACCGCUGCUGUGGUUCCUGGAAGGGACCAGCACAUGGAGUAUGUGAGGGGGGCACCCUAAAGGGGAACGGACGCCAGGAGAGGUCGCCGCAGGGUGCGGCCUCGUAACUGGUCCUGCAGUCGACUCAGUGCCGGCAGGAGAGCCCAUUACGUGACUCUGUCCUGCCAGCCCCGGCUCCCAGCCCUAGUGGUGAGCAAAACUGGACGGUGAGGGUGGCUGCUGGUGUGCUGUUGAACUUUGUCUCCUCUGGAACGUGGAUCUUGGAGCCCUCCAGGCAGCGGCUUGCCCUGAAAAAUGCUGGAGGCUGGGUGCGGGGGGGCCCCAGGCUCAGGAACCUGUUCUUCCUGUUUCCUGCCUCAGUCCCAGCAGCUGGUCCAGGCCUGAGAAUUUAUGAGUGAAGGACUGGAGCAGGCACUGAGCAUCCUUACCACACCAAGAGCAGGAGCUGAUUGGGUCCAGGGCAAUGGCAGCAGACCUGGACCCCUGGAAUAGCACCAUUAAUGGCACAUGGGAGGGGGAUGAACUUGGCUAUAAGUGCCGCUUCAAUGAGGACUUCAAGUACGUGCUGCUGCCCGUGUCAUAUGGCGUGGUGUGCGUGCUCGGGUUGUGCCUGAACGUCGUGGCUCUCUACAUCUUCCUGUGCCGCCUCAAGACCUGGAAUGCCUCCACCACGUACAUGUUUCACUUGGCGGUUUCUGACUCUCUCUAUGCAGCCUCCCUGCCGCUGCUGGUUUACUACUAUGCCCGGGGUGACCACUGGCCAUUCAGCACCGUGCUCUGCAAGCUGGUGCGUUUCCUCUUCUACACCAACCUCUACUGCAGCAUCCUCUUCCUCACCUGCAUCAGCGUGCACCGGUGCCUGGGUGUCUUGCGCCCUCUGCACUCCCUGCGCUGGGGUCGGGCCCGCUAUGCCCGCCGAGUGGCUGCUGUGGUGUGGGUUCUGGUGCUGGCUUGCCAGGCACCUGUGCUCUAUUUCGUCACCACCAGUGCACGGGGGACCCGCAUCACCUGUCACGACACCUCUGCCAGAGAGCUCUUCAGCCAUUUUGUGGCCUACAGCUCCGUCAUGCUGAGUCUGCUCUUUGCUGUGCCCUUUUCAGUCAUCCUGGUCUGUUACGUGCUCAUGGCCCGGCGGCUGCUCAGACCCGCUUAUGGAACUACAGGCCUGCCUCGGGCCAAGCGCAAGUCUGUGCGAACCAUUGCCCUGGUGCUGGCCGUCUUUACCCUCUGCUUCCUGCCUUUCCAUGUCACCCGCACCCUCUACUACUCCUUUCGAUCACUUGACCUCAGUUGCCACACCCUCAAUGCAAUCAACAUGGCAUACAAGAUCACCCGGCCAUUGGCCAGCGCCAACAGUUGCCUUGACCCUGUGCUCUAUUUCCUGGCAGGGCAGAGACUGGUCCGUUUUGCCCGAGAUGCCAAGCCACCCACAGAGCCUAUCCCUAGCCCCCAGCCUCGUCGCAGGCUGGGUGUGCACAGGUCUCACAGAACUGACACAGUGAGGAAAGACGUGUCAAUCAGCAGUGAUGACUCAAGGCGGACAGAGUCCACACCAGCUGGGAACGAGACUAAGGACAUUCACCUAUAGGUCAGAGCCCCUCAGGCGUGUGCUAAUUCAUGUGAGGAAGCUGCAGGGGACCAAGGCCUGUUCAGUAGGCUGAUGUCCUCCAAUAGAGAUCAUCAGCAAUUCUCUUCCUGUGGUCCCAAAGUCCCCAAUCAUUUGAAAGUGUGAGCUGGGAAAUCAUAUGUUAAGAAAGGCAGUAACAUCUGACCUCCAUGCAGACAGCUGUCAUUUCUGCCAAGGUUGGGGUUCAGGCAGGCUGAGGUUCAGCCUCCUAAAUCUAAGGGAGAAUCAAGCCCAGAGAAGACGCAGCAGGACCAGGAGUGGGAUCAAAGGUACUGGAGGACUCCUGUAGGUAAGCAGGGCUGAGUUCCCAUGGUGGCCUGGGAUGGAACAACUCGGCUCAGAGGAAGAUCCUCCUCAGGCCAAAAGACAAACAUCUGAGAACUGACGUUGGAUCCAUCUGGAAGCUCCCCUGGUCUGGAAGCCAGGUGGAAAUCAUAAUUUAUAUCAAAGGCUGUGCUGCUGCAUGGUCAAAGAACAGGGCCUGACCUACACAAAGGCCUAUUAUCUCCGCCACUUGCCUUCCGACCACUGUCUCCCGGGAGUCUCGCAUCAAGGAUCUCUCUUCAAACCCAGGUCAACCCUGCUUUUAAGCCACUUAUCUUUGGUAUUGUACUAUGCCGAGAGCAUGGAGAAGAGUCAAGUAGGGUUCUAGUUCUUGGGGUUCCCCGAUUCACAUAACUUCAAUGUGUCGGUAAAAAUGUCAAACCAUUUA